UCCUUUAUCACAUACACUUUGAAAAAUCGUCAUGAGUAGUCAAAAUUUGUUCGUUUUGCUGGUAAUUUCAUUUUUCCCACUUUAUAACUGCCUUGGAGAUUCUCCUAGAAAUGCAUUUUCCUCCUUAAAUCGUGUUAAACGCCUAUCUGAUGGCGAUUUCGAUGAAGACUCCAUUGCACUGUCAAAUUAUUGCGUAUCCUUAAGGUCGAGAUCUGCCGAAAAAUUCUUUGGGGAUAAUCAUUUUUGCUCAGGCGUUAUUCUGGCUCCAAUGUUCGUUAUGACCUCCGCGCAUUGUUUAAUAAACAAACGAAGGGUUUUGAUUUCCAGUCGAGUCCUGCUCAUUGUUGCUGGCACUCUCAAUCGCCUUAAAUACAUUCCGAACAGGACAUUUGUUACUCCUGUAACGCAUAUUUGGUUGCCCGAUAGCUUCACAAUGCGCAAUAAACAGGAUUUCGGAUUGUUAAAGGUGAAGAAUCCAUUCCCUAGAAAUAAUGAGCAUAUAUCCAUAGCUAGAUUGCCCGUUCAUCCACCGCUACCAGGUCUAAAAUGUAAAGUUAUGGGAUGGGGGCGUAUGUAUAAAGGCGGUCCGCUUGCCUCGUACAUGCUGUAUAUCGAUGUGCAGGUGAUAGAUUCCGAGGCAUGUGCCAAAUGGCUAAGAGUUCCAUCCGUUGAGCAUGUGUGCGCCGUGGAUAGCGAUGAUCUUACUGCCCAACAGCCAUGUGGCGGGGAUUGGGGUGCUCCAAUGUUGCACAAUGGUACCGUCUACGGGAUCGUCACUAUUCUCGCUGGAUGUGGCGUCAGCCACUUGCCAUCCCUGUACACCAAUGUGCAUAGCAAUGCAAACUGGAUUCAUGAAAAAAUUAUCAGCAGUGCAGGUAGCAUCUUACUUGUUCCGCCCUUAUUUCGAUACCUUUCUAUAGCACUUAUCUAUGUGGUAACUCUUUUUAAUUUUGUAAUGAAAUAUAAUGGUGUAAUGUAAUCAU